AUGCCCAAAAGGAGAAAACGCAAAAAUGUCGAUAAUGAGGGACCGAUGAACAGCGGGAAAAAAUUCAAAACAGAAGAUAUUGAGAAUGUGCUACCGAAUGACAACGAUAAAGUUGCGUUGUGUGGGCGAGAAAAGGAGACGGCACUGCUGGAGAAGCUGCUGCUGGAAGGGCAAACUAGUGGGCGCGCUGCGUCACUGUUCAUAUCCGGACCGCCAGGCACCGGUAAAACUGAAACUAUCAAAUUGGUCCUGCAGCACAUAUCCUCAACACGACAUCGUGUUCGUUCAGUAUAUAUCAACUGUGUUUCAAAGGAUACAGCAAGCGAUAUAUUGAGGGCGAUCGAGGAUCAUCUAAAAUUUUCGAGUAAAAGGCUCAGUGCCGCGAAACUGCAAACAGAAUUACAGCGGCAUUUUGCAAGCAUCGACGAGCAUAUGUUUGCUUCAACCACCAAGCACAUGUUUUCAGGCAUUGCCAAUACACUGGGUAUGGCUGAGCUGCCGAUGAAUAAGCUAAAGCGUGUUCCCGAAUUGAUUGUUUUUGCGCCGUACACUGAGGCCCAGUUACGGGUUAUCAUAUCACAAAAAUUGAAAACAAAUAACAAUGCAAGUGCCGUUGAACUGUGCGCAAGGAAGGUAGCCGCGACGACGGGAGAUGCACGCAAAGCGGUACAAGUUGCUCGCCGGUUCGUAUCGCUUAUAUCCUUUUGA